UUUCUUUCAGCACCACCUGCUUCACGUGCCUGGUCAUUUAGAAGAUGGCUUGACAGCGUUCUGCUUUUUUUUUCUCCGAUUGUGUUGGAAAUCAGAUUGUUACAUCCGUAUUUUUAAUGAAAUUUAUUUUUGUGAUUUUGCACAUUUGGCCAACAGGUCGACUGAAUAUAUUGAACCAUAGGCUUAAUUUCAUUUUUUCCUUUAACGUUCGAUCCCACCACCCUUUCCCCAAGUGAGAUGGUGGCGAAACAGGGUGCCAGAGAAUUUUAUCCUUACUUACUGCAUCCCUAAGUUAUAAGUAUGGCCCAGCAGCAGAUGCCAAGCUCACAGAAGGCCCUCAUGCUGGAGCUUAAGUCCCUGCAGGAGGAACCCGUGGAAGGCUUCCGGAUCACUUUGGUGGAGGAGUCCGAUCUUUACAACUGGGAAGUGGCGAUCUUUGGGCCCCCUAAUACAUUAUAUGAGGGAGGAUACUUCAAGGCUCAUAUUAAGUUUCCAGUAGACUAUCCCUACUCUCCUCCAACCUUCAGGUUUCUCACAAAAAUGUGGCAUCCUAAUAUUUAUGAGAGACUGCUGAAGCAUGAGACCAGGAAUGUAAUGAUGGAAAGGGAGGCACUUUUGAUCAAAUUGGCUAUUCAACAGCUAAGAUCAGAAGCUCAGAAUGUCAAAGGUCCCUGAUGUCAUCUCUACUUCAUUGAUGUCACUUCCACUUCUGCUUCUAGCCCCGCUGCUUUCAGUCUGGACACCAUAUAAAGGCCAAUUUUACUGUAUCUUGCUAGUCUAGCAGAUAGACUUACAUCUUAGAAAUUAUCACCAAAACCAAAUAUUUUUUGUUGUGACCUUCUUGUGUUUUUUCCAUCAGUAUUUGUGAAUUCCCCAAACCUUUAUCUCUGUUUGCUUUCUUAUUUUAAAACUGUAAAAAUGCAGUAAGAGUUGGUACAUAAAAUUCAUUCACAUUACUCAUUGUCAUUUUUGUCAGCAUCUCAGCAUACUAUUAUACUGUUAGUGCUGUUACCUCUCCAGCUCCCUUUUGGUUCUUUUUGAAAUAUGUAAUCGUGGAGACAGAGGAAAGCUAAGAGAUGUGUUGUGUCAUAAAUUCCCAGUUCAUUGUGGCAGUGGAGGACCCCAUGAUGACUGAUGGUAGCCACAUUGCCAUUAUACCAGCACAUCUGGAAUGGUGCACUCACUGAUAAUGUUACACCAUCUUCUCCUGUUUGUGAUGUUUAACCCUGUGUCAUGAUAAACAUGUACUCAAUGUGGGGAAUCCUUGUCAUCAUUCUUAAAAUUUUUGUAUAAACAAGACACAAAUACUUAUACAGUACUCAACUUAUAUGGAAUCUUAGAUAAUGUAAAUCACUGUAGUAAACACAUUACUUUAGUACCAUGAAGGUGGCCCAUCAUAGUCUGCUAUAUAAAGCAGAAACACAUUACCAAAAAAUGCUGUGAUAGACAUUCCUGCACAUAUUUCAAGUACUGGUCCUUGCCUUCUUCAGAACAAGCUAUAUCUGCUUAAUUCUCAUUCAGUUGUGAAGAAAGAUGCAGUGAAUUGUCACAAUGGUGAUUUGAUCGUUUUCCUGAAAGAUACCCCAACAUUCAAUGACUGUGUUCCAGAGAUGGGGGACUCGAGUCACAAAUUUCAGGACUUGAGACUUGCUUGUUUGAAGUAAGAAAAUGACUUGACUUGACUUUGACUUGAGAGUAAGUGACUUGAGACUUGACUUAAAGUGGAAGACUCGACAAU